AUGCAAAGUCCAAAUAUAUCGCAAAUGAAUACAACUCAAAUCAUCUCUAGUCCAUUACAAUCAGCGCUACCAACAUCCCCACAACAAAAUAUUCCAUCACCUUCAACUGGAUCUUUAUAUCAACGACCAGAUAAUGAGACUCAGUGCAAAAACAUAUGUCUAGAACGUUUUAAAUAUGUUCUACUCUUUAGUGCUGCAAUCCAAUAUCUAAUUUUGAUUAUUUUUGCAAUUCCACUGGAUCUACGUUACUUAAAUCCAUUAAAAUGGUUUACUGAGCUCUUUUCAAUCCUUUGCUCUCCUUUAUCGUUGUUUAAUGUCAUUUAUGGCAUAUCCAGUUUGAAUAUAAUGCUCAAAGAUAAGAUUUAUUAUGGAACUAGAAUAUCGAGAUUCAUUAAAGGAUUCAGCAAUGAAGCUUUAAUGUUGUUCCUUAACAUUUUUAUUGGGCUAUUUACAUCACGUCUGUUUAUAAGAUAUUUACAUGAUGAUUACAAAACAAUCAUGCUGGAACAAGAAGGAAAGAAUGUCCUUAAUGAGAAUCAUUCAUAUUUGUUGCUGACUGGAAUCUUCAUGCGUUGCUAUUUCUAUUUUAAGUGCCAUGACGAUGAAAACUGCCUAAAUCUCUCAUUUCCAAUUGUCCAUCAAUCAAAAUUGUCACAAAUGAGACGAGAAACAGUUUCAGUCAUUAAAUCAUCAUUUACGAAAUCCUUAAUACCAACAUGCCAUUUUAUAGCAUUUUACAUGUUCUUUGGUAAUAGUUUUGGAUUGUUUUUAAGUAAAAUCUUUAUGCUUGGAACGAGUGAGUCACAUUCAAUAUGGAACAGCAUGACACUGUUCCUGAAUAUUCGUCUUUUAAUCUAUUCAUGGAUCUUAGCUGCUUUAAUCCUCUGUAAUAUUGAGUUGAUCAAAAAAGUCAUCAAUAUCUUUGCAACGCAGCCAAAACAAUUCAAGAUUGCUGGUUCUGAUGAAAUAAUAUUAACAAAGGCACUAGAAAUCAAGAAGUUCCAAAUAACACGUCAUUUAGCAGCUCAAGACUUGUCAAUCGUAGCUGAAAGCACAAAAGACAAAAGACGAAAGGAAUUUUAUGAGUUGUCAAUUCCUGGUGGACAUCCACAUAAUUGGAAGCAGCUUGUUCAAAUAGUUUUGGCUAUAGUUGAUGAAUUUAAUAAUGACUUGAAGACUAACUUGGAAUAUGUAGCUAGGAAUCGAAAUAAUAAUACAGUAAGCAGCAAUGAUGCAAUGAAAAAGUUUUACGAUCAUAAAAGAAUAAUUCGUGAAAGUAAUCAAGUUCAUGGAAUUAGAAGUUUCAUGUCAAGUCCAGUUAAAGAGCAGGAAGAGAAAAUUGAGAAGCGAUCGGUGUUUUUAAUGAAAUUAAAGGAAAAGUUGCUUAGUAAUCGAGUUAUUGGAUAUCUUUUUGGCGAGGCUGAAUGCGACAAACUUAAUUUCAUUUUAUCACAAAAUUCUCAAGUCGUUAUUUGGCUGAUUCAAGCUAUAUCAGCUAUAGUUGUUAGAUCAAUCAAGGAAGACACUUAUGGCAUUGUACAGCAUGACAUCAAGUUUAUAAUCAAGUCAUUUUUGAAGCUUAGAUCAACGUUAGACAAAGUCGGAGCUUUAAAUGCGAUUGUCAAGUCUAGAAAUUAUAUUGCACUUCGUUCGACUCUUCGUAGAUCCAUUUAUCGUAUUGUUGUUGAAUUUUCACAAUUUUUUGAUGAUAUGCUGCUCGAUCCAGAGGAUUUAAAGGCACUUCACAACUUUAUUACUUUCAAGGAAUUGUAA